AUGUCCAAUCAAAAUAAUGCUGAUGUUCAUCAAAUUGCCACUCAAAAAGAUUUUGAUGGAUACAUCAAGUCACCAUCUAUCAUCAAUAAACUUUUACUAGUACAUGUUGAACUAGAGCAAAUACCUGUUUGUAAAGCAGUCAAUGAAGCUCUAUUAGCAACAGCUCGUAACGAAGAAUUUAGUCAAAAAUUAGCUGUAUGUCGUUUGAAUGCAGAUCAUUUUUCUGAUUUUCUUACAUUACAAAAUGUAAAUGCAGCACCAACUGUACUUUUCUAUAGUCGUGCAAAAUUAAUCGACCGUGUGGAUGGUUUUAAUCAAAGUGGUUUACUAAAAAAAAUUCAAUAUCAUAUCAAUAAAAUAAAUAUUGUACCAGCAAAAGUCGAAUCUACAGGUACUAUUGAUACUAAUGUUGAAAAUAGAAUAAAAAAAUUAUUAAAAUCGCCCGUCAUUAUAUUUAUGAAAGGCUCACCAACAGAGCCACAAUGUGGUUUUAGUCGACAAGCAUGUCAUAUACUUGAUGAAAAUAAAAUAAAAUAUGAUUAUUUUGAUGUUCUUUCUGAUCAAAAUCUACGUGAACAAUUAAAAAUUUUUUCGAAUUGGAGUACAUAUCCACAAUUAUAUAUUGAUGGUGAAUUAAUCGGUGGUUUAGAUAUAAUGAAACAAAUGAUUGAAAAUGGAGAAUUUCAAGCGGUAUUUAAACAGCAAAAAAAUGAUAAAGAAAAAGAUAUGAGAAAAUAUCUAGAAAGUUUAAUUAAUCAAGCACCGUUGAUGAUGUUUAUUGUUGGUACUCCUGAAGCGCCGCAAUGUAGAUUCACCAAAGAAUUGAUUAUUCUACUAAAAAAUGCUAAUAUAAACGAGUAUAAAACAUUUGAUAUAUUGCAAGAUGAAGAGGUUCAAGAAAAACUUAAAGAAUAUUCAUCAUGGCAAACAUAUCCACAAAUAUAUGUUAAUGGGCAAUUUAUUGGGGGUUUAGACAUUCUUAAACAAAUGAAAGAAGAAGGAACAUUGAUACAAACAUUAACUGGAAAUCAAGGAGUAGCUGUUUAA